AUGUCGCUCGCUGCCUAUCUGGCUAAAAACUACCUUACAGCAGACACACCUUCAACCUCUGAUCGACCCAAAAAGAAGCGAAAGAAGAAUAAACACUCAGACCAAGACGCCGGAACCGCCGGUUUGAUAAUCGCAGACGACGACCCUCCAGAUCUCCGCGCCUCCUGCACAAAGCCCAAAAGACACGGCUCUGGGCGUGCAAACGACGGCGAAGAUGAAGACUCACCCUACACAAUCGCUGAAACCGGCUAUUCGGCCGAAUUCCGCAAAUCGAAGAAAUCCAGCUGGAAGACGGUCGGAGGGCCUGUGGCGCCGUCCAAUGCGGAGCAGGCAGCUGCAGACGCCAUAUUAGCGUCCGCUGCCGCGGAGCGAGCCGCCCAGGCACAAGAGAGCGAGGAGAAACCCGUUAUUGCCGAGGGCGGGGAUGUGGACGGCGAUGGCGGGCUUCGGAUGGAAUCUGGUGCCAGGGCGGGGUUGCAGACGGCGGCUGAGACAGAGGCCAUGGUAGCUGCCCAACAACGCAAACGGGAGCGAGAGUCACUCGCGAUGAAGAAAUCGAGCAAGGCGGGCGGGAAUGCUGGUGGCGGGCUUGAGUCUGAGACCAUCUACCGCGACGCGAGCGGGCGGAUAAUCAACGUGGCGAUGAAGAGGGCAGAGGCACGGCGGGCGGCCGAAGCGGCGGCGAAGGACGCGUUGACGGGCGACGUGCAGCGGCGUGAGAGGGAGGCCCGGCGGGAGGCAGUGCGGGAGGCCAAAUAUAUGCCUCUGGCGAGGACGGCGGAGGAUGAGGAAAUGAAUGCGGAGCUAAAGGCUAGGGUGAGGUGGAAUGACCCAGCUGCGGAGUUUUUGACCUCGACGAAAAGUACCGGUUCAGCUGGUGCUGGUGCAGCUGUCGAUGGGCGGAAGGGAGCGAAGAAAGUGUAUACAGGGCCUGCUGCGCCGAAUCGGUAUGGGAUACGGCCUGGCCAUAGGUGGGAUGGGGUGGAUCGGGGGAAUGGAUUUGAGCGGCAAUGGUUUGAGGCUCGGAAUAAGGUAAAGAUGCGGGAAGGCUUGGAAUAUGCUUGGGCGAUGGACGAGUAA